UAAUGUUAAUUCUCCAGAUUAGGUGGCGCAGUGAUGCAUUGGUAGACCAUUCAUUGAAUUGACUACAGAUCUUGACGUUAUAUUAUUCUUGGAAUAAAGAACAAUGAAAACAGUAGCAUAAAGGAAAAUUUUAUUAGCUGUAUCUUUCCAGGUAUAUAUAAUGUCAUGAGUUAGAAAUACUAAAGAAAGUCAGAAUAAUAAAACUGAUUAAGAAAUGUUACAUGUAAUAUCAUUAGAUAUUUUAAAUAUAAAACACUCAAUUACAUAUAUAUUGCAAACAUAUAUCAACACAUAUUACAAAUAAAUCCAUGAAUAAAAAAUACCUCUUUACAAAUUAUAUUACAAAUUCUUAAAGUAUAGAUAUAAUUUUUCAAAGAGCAAAAAGAGAUUUAAGGUCAUUAAGCGAUAAUUUUGAAACAAGUUGGUUCUUUUCACCACUUAAUACGUUUUGAGAUAUGGCCAAUUUAUUUUCUUGUAAGCGUUUGAUACGUUCUUCUAUAGUAUUUUUACAAAUAAACCUAUAAACAUAAAAUGAUUAUGAUAUAUAAAAAUAAUUUCACACAAUUCUAUAGUACAUUCCAAUAAGAAAAUAAGAGCUGUAUAUAAUGCUUACUUAUAAAUAAAGACGUCUUUUUUUUGACCAAAUCGAUAUAUCCUAUCUUGAGCUUGUGUUUCUAACUGGGGAUUCCAGUGAAUGUCAAUAAGUAAUAGAUGAUUUCCUCCUACAAGAUUUAGUCCAACUCCACCAGCAGUAAGUGAAAGUAACAAAAUUUUUGGAUCUCCAGAUAGAUCAUUGAAAGAAUCUAUUAUAACCUAGAAGACAUACAACAUAUAUAUAGAUUACUUUUAUCGAUUAAAAAGUAUAUCAUUGACGAAUAAAAUAAUAAAAAUAAUCCCCUACUUGUCGAUCUUUAAUAGGCACUUUGCCUGAAAAUUCUCUAAAUGUUGCCCCUUUUAUUGUAGAUAAAUGAGAUCCAAUAAUUUCUAACAUACUUGACCAUUGUGAAACAAUAAUAAGCUUAUCUCCUUUGUCUAAAAUUUGUGUGACCAUAUUGAGUACUGCUUUUAUCUAUAUUAAUAAUAUACAAUUUUAUAAUUUAUAUAAUGAAUUUAGUCCAUAUGUUUAAUAUAUUAAUUGUUAUGUAAAAAUUUACAUUAUACAAAUUAUUGUAUGAGAGGAUAGUUACUUACUUUGGAACUCAUACGGUCUGACUCAAAAACAGGAUUUUUAGAAAUUUCUUAAUUUCUUUUUGAACUGACGAUCGUUGGUAACGUGUGAAAAGAAACCUUUGAUUGACUUUAGUAGUUAUUGGGAUCAGUUGUUCUUCGUAUUUCAACGAGUAAACAUCGAAGCUCUCUCAGGAUGUUUUUUUCUACAAGUAUCAACGAAGACUCAAAUGUUCAAUAGGAAGGCCAUGGUUUCAUGAGGAAAGGCUAGGCAUGCAAGGAGAUCACACGAAGCAAUCGAAAAAAUGGAGAAUCUUACGAUUUCAUCGUGCUAUCAUCCACCCUUACGUCGUUACAAGUUUUCUUAUCGUAUUCGUGUUACCUUCGAUGAUGGCGAAUUUAUAUCCACGGGAUAUAGAAAGCGGUGUCGUCGAUCUUAUGGAAAGUACUGGGAUGUAUCAAGAACCUCUUGGAUUGAUAGUUACAGAAAAUCGUUGUAAACAAAACGAUACGAUCGCAUUCGAUAUCGCCGAAUCCUCUUUGUUAACUAUAAACACGAAUGCGAUCUUUCCAACUGGAUUGAUUAAUAAUUUUUCGAUCAUCGUUGUUGCAAGAACUAAAAUCAACUUUCCUAUGGCUACAUUGUUCUCCAUUUACGAUGAUGGCGGUCAGGAACAAUUGAUCUUAUCAUUGGGCAAAGAUAUAACAUUCUUUUACGAUACCUCCGACGAUGUUAACGACGUCGGAAGAGAACCGAUUUCUUUCGGAGAAGAUAUUUCCGAUGGGAAAUGGCAUCGUUUAAGUAUAAGCGUUAAAGGAAACACAGUUACUCUUCUAUUAGAUUGCAAGAAAGAAAUCACAAAGGAAUUAAAAAGAAAUCUUUCUGAAAGUAUAAACGUCAAUGGAAUUAUCAUUAUAGGUCAAGAACUUAUGGAAGAAAAUAUAUUUUUGGGAGGACUUGAAUUAUUGAAGAUAUCACCAACGCCGGAUGCAGCGUAUGAACUUUGUACGAUUUUUGCACCUGAUUGUCAACGAGAAGAGAUAUAUAAAUUCGAUAGUAAUAAUUCGAUCAUCGAUGAACCUAUAUUAUUUAAACCUUUCAACGUAUCCUUUGACAAGCGUCAUGGUUAUGAAGAUUUCGAGGGAAUUAAAGAAAAUGAGAAAGAGAAUUUUAACGAAGAAGAUAUGGAAGCGUAUCCUUUGCGAUAUGUUCCCACAAAUUUUACAUUUAUAUUAAGACCAACAAUGAGGACGAUAAUCAACGAACCCGUUACUGUAUAUAACAGAAACGAACAAUUUACAACACAGAGUUACGAGAGCGAAACUAUUACACAAGAAAAUGCUUAUCCCACAAUUGAAUCUUUUAAUUUGCCGUCAUAUUCAAAUUCGAAUGCGGAUUCUUAUUAUAAUAAUACAAAUUAUAACUUUCGUGGUUCACCUGGACCACGAGGUUUUCCGGGACCACCAGGAACGGUUGGACCACAAGGUAAAAAAGGAGAACCAGGAAAAGACGGAUUAGCAGGAUUACAUGGCGCUCCUGGUCCACCUGGCCAUGUAUUUAUGAUACCUUCGUUAAGUCAACAAGGAAACGAAAAGGGUCCCGAUUCUCAAGUAGAAGCUUUGAAACAAAUAUUGUCGCAAUAUAUGUUAGCAAUGAGAGGUAGCGAGGGACCAAUGGGACUGACUGGUACUCCUGGUCCGGAUGGAGCUCCAGGGCCUCAAGGACAAAAAGGAGAACCCGGUGAUAUUGGUGAACCUGGACCUAGAGGAGACAGAGGAAUCCCUGGGAAUACUGGUAGAGAAGGUAGAAGGGGACGACCUGGAAGAGAUGGAGAACGUGGUCCUACGGGACCACCCGGUAUAAAGGGAGAGCAAGGUCCUCCUGGAUUACCAGGUUUACCAGGAGAUAAAGGUGAAAGAGGACCUCCAGGAGCUAUUGGAGAACCAGGAUUGCCAGGUCACGAAGGAAUGCAGGGUGAUGACGGACCUUCUGGUUUACCAGGAUUGCCUGGUGAAUUGGGACCAAGAGGUUUUAUUGGACCACGUGGCUUCCCAGGGAUGCCAGGAAAUCCUGGUAUACCUGGAAGCGAAGGAUCACCUGGUGCGAAAGGUAAUACUGGUCCAUCAGGUCCACCUGGAUCACCUGGUCCAUCUGGACCAUCGGGGCCAAUUGGUCCACCUGGUCCUCAAGGACCUUUAGGAUCGACGGGAUUAGUCGGACCACAAGGAAAACCUGGUAUACCAGGUCUUCCUGGAGUCGAUGGUCAUCCUGGACAUCCAGGAAAUCCUGGAAUUCCUGGAUUGAAAGGUGAACCAGGUAUGUUAGGUCCACAAGGAUCCAUAGGAUUUCCCGGUGUACGUGGACCAAAAGGAGAUGAUGGGAAAAGAGGAUUACCUGGUGAUCGAGGUGAAAAAGGUGAUAAAGGAAUUGAAGGAGAAAAAGGCGAUGCAGGUUUGAAAGGAGAACGAGGAUCAUCAGGGCCACAGGGAGUUCCUGGGGUCGAAGGUAUAGAAGGACCAAGAGGAUUCGAAGGAGGUCGUGGCGAACAGGGUCCGACUGGACUACCUGGAGAAAAAGGGAAAAUUGGUGUACCUGGUUUCGCAGGGUAUCCCGGAAAUCCGGGUGAGAAGGGUGAUAAAGGUCAGAUUGGAAGAGAAGGAUCAAAUGGGGAAAAAGGGGAAAGGGGAAACAACGGUUUGCCAGGUGAUCGUGGUGAGAUAGGUCCCAGAGGUUUUAGAGGUGUUCGUGGUAGAAGAGGUUCCGAAGGAUUACCAGGCCCAAAAGGUGACACUGGUCAACCAGGAUCUCCGGGACCGGCAGGAGAAUCUGGACCACCAGGAUUAGAAGGUCCACGUGGAUUUAUAGGAUCACCAGGACAACUCGGACUUGAUGGAAAAGAUGGUAUUCCUGGUCUUCCAGGGGAACGUGGACCAAUUGGCGAAUCUGGCCCUCCUGGUCCUAUUGGAUCUCCUGGUGUGAUCGGUCCACAAGGUUCACCAGGAGAAAUUGGUCAGCCAGGUGAGCCUGGCAUUCCAGGUAGUCCAGGUAUACCAGGAGAUGUAGGUACACCAGGCGAACAAGGUAAAGAAGGUCCGCCUGGUCCUCAAGGACUAUCUGGAAAAGACGGGCCGCCUGGUCCUGCAGGAUUACCUGGAUUUCCUGGUGAAAGAGGAUUGGUCGGGUUGCCGGGUAUACCUGGAUUGAAAGGAGAAAUGGGACCUAUUGGUUUGCGGGGACUAUCUGGAGACAAAGGUGCUCAAGGAGAACCUGGAAAAGAUGGAGCUAUAGGUCCUGAGGGUAGACAAGGUCCAAAAGGACCGCUUGGUCCUCCUGGUAUAAAAGGCGACAGGGGUGAAACUGGUUUACCAGGGCCGACUGGUAGAGAUGGUUUACCAGGACAACGAGGAUUAUCAGGCCCUCCUGGUCCAGUUGGUGUUCCAGGAGAAGAUGGUGACAAAGGAGAUAUUGGACCACCCGGUGAAAAAGGCUUUAAAGGUUCUCAAGGUUCAAUUGGUCCAGUGGGAGCACCAGGACUUCAAGGACCACGUGGAGAGCCAGGUCUUAUAGGAGCAACAGGUGAAAAAGGACCACCUGGUGAAAUUGGUAGACGAGGAAUGAAAGGUGAAGAUGGUCCAAUUGGUGUACCUGGUCCUGCUGGACCUGUAGGACCACAAGGUCUUCCUGGUCCAUCAGGAUCAAAAGGAGAGAUUGGAGACAUGGGUCCAAUCGGACCUGCUGGUCCAGCUGGUAGUCCAGGAGAGGAAGGUCAAAAAGGACCUAGAGGUGCGGACGGUCCGCCAGGUUUACAAGGUCUUGAAGGUCGUCAAGGAGAGAAAGGAGAUAGCGGUUUGCCGGGUCUUCCAGGAGUAGGAGGUGGUGAUGGAAAUCCGGGAGAACGAGGUCCUGCUGGACAAAAAGGAGAAGAAGGUAAAGCGGGACCGUCUGGUCCUCCUGGAAAUCGUGGUCCCGUUGGACCAGAAGGACCAAAAGGAAAUGUGGGUCCUCCAGGUUUUCCUGGACCUCCAGGCGAACCAGGCUUAAUUGGUUCCAAAGGGGAACCAGGUAAAAAUGGCGAAGAUGGGGGACCUGGAGAACCCGGACCUCCAGGCGAAAUUGGGUCACCUGGGAAAGAAGGUUUGGCUGGUACACAAGGAAGACCGGGUCCAGAGGGUCCAGCGGGAAUACAAGGUAAUACAGGUUUGCCAGGAGAUAAGGGUGACGUUGGACCACCGGGUUUACCAGGUCCUCAAGGUCGACCAGGAGAAGAAGGCCAGCCAGGUCCUCCGGGAUUAUCAGGUGUAAGAGGAUUAUCAGGUUCAGCAGGAGAAAGUGGACCACCGGGAAUUCCAGGAGCUGUUGGUUUACCGGGAAUAGCAGGACCUGAUGGACCGAAAGGUCCAAAAGGUGAUAGAGGUCGAAGAGGUUUAAAAGGACAUCGAGGUGAUAUUGGCUCGAUUGGAAUGAAAGGUGAUCAGGGUGAAAAAGGCGAGAAAGGAAUACGAGGUCUUGCAGGACCAGAAGGUCCUAAAGGAAAUGCAGGGCCACUCGGUCAAACUGGUUUGAAAGGUAACGAUGGACCACCAGGUUUGCCUGGUUUAGAGGGCCCACCAGGACCCAAAGGUCAUACCGGAAACGAUGGAUCAAAAGGUGAUAUAGGUCCACCAGGUCCUCCAGGUCCUCCUGGACCUCCAGCGGAGCAACCAAUGAUUCCACCAGAAUUAUUAUUUACUCAAUCGCACUUCUACAAAAGGAAACGAGAGAUUUCGGAAGACAUAAAAGAAGAUAACGAGAAGGAGAAUGAUCUGAACAAAGAGGAAGUAGAUAAUGACGAGGAUAACGAGUUGGGACCUAAAUUUUUAGAUGUAUAUACAUCUAUCUACAGUAUAAGACAAGAGUUGGAUCGAAUACGCAAACCAACUGGAACCAGAGAAAAUCCUGUGAGAACCUGUAAAGAUUUAUUUUAUGGUCAUCCACAUUUCAGUGAUGGUUGGUAUUGGAUCGAUCCAAAUUUAGGAAUGCCCGACGAUGCUGUUUAUGUCUAUUGCAAUAUGACAAAUAUGGGAGAGACUUGCGUGUUUCCUGAUACUCAUAGUAGUCAAAUGCCAAAUAUACCUUGGAGAAAGGAAGACGAAAAGGGCAAUUGGUAUUCCAAAUUGCGUGGUGGAUUUCGCAUAACUUAUGAGACUAUCGGUGUAAUUCAAUUAAAUUUUUUGCGUUUGCUUAGUGAAGACGGUUAUCAAAAUUUCACAUACACGUGUAUGAAUAGCGUAGGUUGGUACAACGCGCCUAACAAUAGUUACGAUUUGUCGAUACGUUUGCUCGGAGAAAACGAGGAUGAAUUUUCUUACGAUAAUUCAAAACCUAUUAUCAUAGCGGAUGGUUGUAAAUCACGAAAGAGUAAAAGUGAAACGGUGUUUCUCAUUCAAACGGAUAAACUUCAAAGAUUACCACUGAUCGAUUUUUAUCCUGUUGACUAUGGUUUACCUCAUCAGGCUUUUGGUUUUAACGUUGGUCCACUUUGUUUUAAAUAGUUAUACGUGGAAAUAGUUGAGUAACGAUUGAUUAAAUAUUAACGGAAUGAUAAUAGACAAUUUUAUAUAUAACGUUAUGCAAGGGGUAUUUCAUUAUAUAAUUAUUUAUAAUUAAUAUAUACCGAUCGUUAAAGAAUGACGGAUAGCUAAAGUUAAAAAAAAAUAUUUUUUGUACUUUUUUUUUUUUUUUUCUUUUUUCUUUUGAAGUAAUAUAUCAAGCAUUUGCAUUACUUCACGAUCAAAUAUGUGACGUGCUUUAAGAAAGUAGAAAUGUGCAUAAAAUGUCGAUGACUAAAAAAAUUUAUUUUCCGAAAUUAGAUUUCGAAGUAGAAAGCAUAUCGUACUAAUCGUAUUUAAAAAAUACAGAACAAAGAAUACGGAACGUAGACGCAAUUCAGAUUAAGGCUUUUUUUUAUUAUAAGUCAAUUUAUAUUAUACAGCGCAUAC